GAUGGGGGUGUGUAAGAAUAACAAUUAGUACAGCGCAGAGUAUACAGCAGUAUGGCUAUGGUCGGGGGACUCGGGAAAUCUAAGCCAGCAGAUGAGGCGCUGCAGACCCUCUGUGACCAGGUGAGGCCGGAGGUGGAAGCGCGGGAGGGAAGGACGUUCAGCACUUUCACUGCUGUGGAGUGCAAGACUCAGGUCGUGAGUGGAACAAACUAUUUCAUUAAGGUCCAAGUGAGUGAUGACGAAUUCAUCCAUGUGCGUGUGCACAAAGCGCUGCCUCAUGAGCAGGGGAAGCUGACGCUCAGCGCCUGCCAGGGUGGGAAGACCAAGCAAGAUGAGAUCCUGCACUUCUGAGGCCGGUGCGCUGGGAGAUGCUCCGAGGGGCCUCGCUGCCGUCAUCUAAUUACUUAUCCUGUAAUGGACUUCUGUGUAAUACCCCCGCAUCCUCCAGGAGUGGGGCCACUGCCUGCAGCAAUGUCUUCUGGGACCAGGUCUGAAUCCGGAGUUGUCUUUUUAUACUGCAAUUUAAUCCAUUAAAUGUCCUUAAGCCGGUGGACAUAUGCUUUGUGUAACACUCUGCCUAGGGGAUGGUCAUCGAGCAAGAAAUGUAAUGUCUGAUCUGUCCUUCUCCUGCAGGAGAUAACAUUAUUCCAGCCUUACCCUUACAGGGAUUGUAACGCCUCAAAUAAAAUGCUUUAAUAAGAA